AUGUCUAGAAUUUUAAGCGAUUCUUUAUUAGAAUAAGCCAAUCAGAAAAGUAAUUUAUCUAUUAGAUAGCCUAAUCAUGAUUAAGAGGCAUAAGAAAUGUUUUCGUUAUUGAAUAAGUAAUUUUUAUUAUUAGUAAAAGAUUACAUAUUAUCUAAGGAGAAUAUGAAAAAGAUAUGGCUAAAAUAUAAGCAGAGAUAAAUUAAUUAGAUAGAGGAGGAAUGAAAUUUUUAACUCCUGAAUAAGUAUAAAAGAAAUAUUAUUUACAAAAUCUGAUGUCUUAACGAUAAGCAACUCAUGGUAAAGAAUAGUAAUUUUUAAAGAACUUAUAAAAUUAUAGAGAAUAAUAUAUUUUAAAUGAAAAAUUAAUGAACACCAAGGGAAUAUCGAAUUAAGAAAUGUAUAAAAAAAGAGAAGAAAUUUUGAAGAUGAAAUUAUAAUAUGAGUAACUGUAGACAGAAAAAGCAAAGGUAUAUAGAGAGUAACAAAACCCAAAUACAUUAUCAAGUGUUGGACUAUCUGUAUUGAUGGAUGUGAGUAAAAAUCAAAAUUUUGAUGCAGCAAAAUAAAAGUUAAAUAAAGAUGAAGCUAGAUUAUAAUUCUUAAAAGCAAGAUAAGCAGACGAUAUUUUACAUAGAGAUCUGGAUGAAGUCAUGAGUAUUUGACUUAAUUUAUAUUAGAUAGUGGCCCUGGAGAUAAUACAUAAAAUGAAGUCAGAUAUUUAUUGAAAUAAAGUAUUGGAAAAACAUAGAGAGAGUAAUUAGAACAUUUAUCAAAAAUCAGAUAAUAAUUAGAAGAAUAUAAUAGAGGUAAUACAAGAUUAGUUUUACCAUUUGAAUAAAUUAAUGACAAUAAGAAAGUAGUAAAUGAUUAAGAUAGUUAUUUAAAUGAAAUAGAUUAAUUAAGAAAAGAUUAUGUUUAAGCUGGAGGUGUAGAUCCAAAUUUUCUAUUGAAUCUAUCUUAAUUAGAAAGAGGUAUUAAUAGAAAAGGAAAUGGUUCAUAAUAUGAAAUAUCUAAGUAACCUUAACAUAUUCAUAUCCCUUAAAAUUAAAGAAAUACUGUUUAUUUAUAACCUUAACCUAAUAUCUCUUAUUAAUAACCUAAUGUAUCUUAUUAAUAACCUAAUGUAUCUUAUUCAUAACCUAAUUUACAUCGUCCUUAAGGUUUACAGAUAUAAGAUAAUUAAUUAAAUACAAAUUCUUUAUCAUCUCAUCCAAUCUAUCAAUAUUUACCAUAAUCUUUUAGAGAUGAAUUAAUGUAAUUGUAAUUAUAAACUCAACCUAUGAAAGUGUAGGAAAAAAAGAAAAUUGAUCCUAAUAAUGCAGAUGAUAUGACUUUAGAAUAUUUGAGAAAUCAAGAAGCUGAACUAUUAUUAAUGAUGAGUAAAUUAGAUCCUAGAUCAGCUGAUCAUUCAAGACUUAUGGAUAACUAUAAAGAAUUGUAAAAAUUAAGAAACUUAAUUGAAAAGGCCAUCUUUGAUAAAAGAGUUUCAGAAGCUAUUAAUAAAGAUAAAGAAUAUAGAAAAAAAUUAAUCAAAUAAUAAGUUAAUUUAUUUGAUAGAUCUAAUAGAGCAGUUCAUUAUGCUGCAAGUGAAGGAUUUGUACUAUUUUUUGAUUAUGCAUCUAUGGUUGAAAUUCAAUUCCAUACCUUGAGAAUAAAUUAUGGAAUAUUUAGAAAAGGUUCAGAUAUGUAUCCAUAUAAACAAACAAAAGAUUCUCUAACAGCUUUUGAAACCUAUAGAACAAAUAAGGCAGUAUUUUUUGAUAGAGAUGUAAUAAGAGAUUUAGAAGCUUAUCCUGAUACUUAUGUUUUUGUUGAAUUAUGGGGUUAUUAAUCAAAUAUUCCAGAAGUAAUAGGAUGGUCAAUGAUUAGAUUAUUUUAAGAUGAAGGUAAAUUACUAAUAGGUAGAUUUAGAAUACCUUUUUAUAACUAAAAAUUAAAUCCAAAUUUUUUAUUUACUUAGGCAUUGCCAUAUGUUAAUAAUACUUUAGUUUAUGGUAGAAUUUGCUUACCUGGAGAUCCAAUAUUGGAUUCUAAUGAUAUUAUAGUAAUCGAAAGUGAAUAUGAUAUGCCUGAUAUGCAUAUUCAUACAACAGCACAUGCAGCAUCUCUAGCAGAAAUUUAAGAUGUUUAUUUAACUGAAAGUAAAAAGUUUGAGAAAAAGAAAGAAAUUCCACCUGUAGACUUAGGUUCGACUAAUUAAAAUUUUAAAUAACAUAUCCCUUAAUUAUCCCAUACCAAUUAAUCAGCUGAUAGUCCAGUCACAAAAAGUGGAGGAGCAACUUCAAAAAUGAAAAAUAGAUUUUCUAAUAAAAGUUCAAAAGUUUAAUCAAAAAAUACAACUCCAACACCAGGAUCAUAAACAAAUAGAUAAAAAAGUUAAUUUGGAGAUGCAAAAUUAACAUUUAGAUUAAUUAAAUUAGCAAAAUUACCUACAAAUGAAUAUAAAACAGCUCCAAUAAAAUUAAAAUUAGGUGUAUUUAAUGGAUCUAAAAUUUUAGAAGAUUUUGAAUAAUAACCUUAAAUGGCUGUUUUAUAAUUAGAACCUGUUAAAACUAGUGUUGAUAAGGAAAUUGAAUUUAAAACAAAACAUGACUUUACUUUAUCUUUAGAUUGGUUGUAUAAUUAUCGUGGUGAUGAUGUAAUGUUAUUUGUUGGAUUGUUUAUAAAUUAAAAAGAUUUAUUUGGUUGGUUAGCGACACCAUUAUUUUAUCUUGAUAAUGUAUAAAAUGAAUAUAAAAUGAAAUUAGGAGCAUAUUAAUGUAAUUUAUUAGCUCCUCCUGGAUAAUCACCUCCUUUUAAUCCAGAAACUAUGAAAAAAUAAGAAAUAGAAGUAGAUUUCAUUAUUAUGACUACUGACUAAAAAUCAAAUUAAUUACCAUUAUAUGAUACAUAUGUUAGCUUAAGUAACUAAUCAAAAUUAGAUCAAUCAAAAAUAUCUAAUGUAAAUAAAUCUAGUAGUAGAUCAUAAGGACCUAUACCAAGUAUUUUUAAUAAAUCUUAAGAUAAAUCUGUUGAGUAAAGUUAUGCUUAAAAAGUAAUCAUUUUACUUGAAAUGCUUAAUGGAGUAAUUAAAGAUGAUGAAUAUAUAGUAGAUGUAGCAAUCUGUUGUAAAGAUAAAGUUGUAUAUGAUGUAAAUGAUGAACCUUGUAAAUACAAAAUAGAUUAAACUUUUGAGAGUUAAAAAGGAGCCAUACUAUUUCAAGAUGAAAAAAUUGAAUUUGAAAUUGAUUUUAAUACUGAAAAAAAUUAAGGAAUUACUAAACAAGCUUGUUAAUUGUUAUUGUAUUUCUCGACAAAAAAAGAUAAAGUAACCUGGUUUGUACAUGAUUUAAUCAAAUAUGGUAGAUAUUCUUUACCAACUUUGAAUCUACCAUUUUAAAAGCCUCCUAUUGAUAAAACAAAACUUUAAAACCACACUCUUAUGACUUUAGCAUUUGAUUUGAAACCAAUUUUAUGA